CUCUUCCCUCCCCCACCCCUCCCCGUGCGAGUGUCUCCCUCUCCCUCUCGUCCCUCUCUCUCCCUCUCUCUCUCUCUUUUGUGAGUUAUAGCAACCGUUGCCUUGUGAAUCAAGCGCCAUAGUCACCGUAGUCCUGGCGACUGUUACCCAUCAACAACAACUACUCUCCUCCUCCUCCUCCUCUUCCUCCUCCUCCUCCUCCCCACCACCACCAUCUCCAUCACCCACCAACAACACCACAAUAAUCCACAGCCAAGUCUGAAUGCCCCGUUGAACAAAUACAAAACCUUGUUUUACUAAUGAUGUUACCUGUGUGUAGAUUUGAUUCAUGUUUCCCUUCAUAGUCCUGGGUAUACAUGACUUCUGGCAAAUUGUGAAGAAACGGGGGAGGUUGCUGGAGAGGAGCAGAAAGAAGCAGAUACAUUUGGAAAUCAUACUCUGUUUUUAUUGCUAGGUAUCAGUGCCUUCCAUGUUCUCCCAAGUUCAUUUUCCUGGACCAUGAAGUUUUGAUGAUGGUGAGAGUUGAGGUGGGGUUAUUUUGGGAGGCAGGAGACAGAGGUGACUCAGGUUAGGCAUUAUUUCUUCUUUUUUUUGUGUGCUGUAGCACAUGUGCUUUUGUGAAGAUAGGCAUUUUAUUACUCUAAUAAAUGUUUUAAUCCAUUUGAUUAAAUUACUCCUUUUGCCCUAAAGACUGAGUAUAUCUGUGCUUAAUGAUACCUUUGCUUCUAAAGGGUGAAUCUAUCUAUGUAUGUUUAUUUAUUACUACAGUAGUGGAUACAAGUACUAGCCUCUUUUAAGGGGAUUUUUUGUGAUUUCAUACACAGUUUUAGAAAGUCUGGGUUUAUAAAAUAAAGUGAGAAAACCUAGUUCAUAAAUUAAUGAUCCCUAGGGUGGAUGGUUUUGUGAGCAUUUUUUGGCACUAAAACCUACGUUUUUUUCUCUGCUACUAUUAAUGCUUGAUAUUUUCAAGAACCAAAGAGUAUAAUUUAUAACAUAAGGCUUUUGUUGAUUGGCAUCUAGUUAUAUUUGGUGGCAGUCUUAGACAUGAGUUUUGAUGAAGUGUCAGCCUAAGAGUCAUUAAUAAAAAAAUACAAAUAAAUACUAUACAGUAAUCUGGAAAUCAUCUUUACAAUGUUAAAUGUACAGUGUGUGUUUUACUGUGCAAUGAUGAAAAGCCAACAUGAAAAAAAUUCAUACACAAAAAGAGAUAAACUUAGAAUCUUUUACAUAAUUAUAUUACAUGAUUCUCAUUUUAAAAUGCUUUUUUAAAAUUGUCAUUUUACAUUUUUAAGGUGUUAUUAAAGUGAAGUUUAGCUUUGAGUUUUAUGUUUGUAUAUAUACAGUUUUAUAAAGUCAUUUUAACAUGCAUUUUGCUUGGUACUAUAGAAAUUUUAUCAGUACCAUUUUUGCUCCCUAAUUUUUGCAUUGCACAUAUAUUAGAAUAAGAAACAUUUGUAUUGUUUCCUUAGUACUGUUUUUGUGAGGCAAAGAAAAUUAUGGGACAUGUAUAAUUUUGAGUGAACAGUGUGAUCUUGUAAACAAUUUAGUGUCUCAUGUUAUGUGGUGAUUUUUCUAGGCCACUAUUAGUUACUAAGACCACAAAUGUUGAAGUCAAAUUAAAUGAUAGUUACAGACAAAAGUAGUUCUUCUACUUAUAAUAGGUUAACAUAUUAUGUUGCUGGAGCAACAUUUGAUCUAUUUAUUUUUAAAAGUGUGCUGUUUUGAAAUAUAAAACCAUUUAAAUAAUAUCAAAUGAGUAGAGCUGUAUAAUAGAUGUGGAUUUGUAUUUCAGCUUAGGUUUGAGAACAUAUGGCUUGGAAUUGAUGUGGAAUUUUUAAAGUGUUUAAAUUUGGAUAGAGAUAUAUUUUAAUAUUUUGAUAGGGUUAAGUUUGGACAUUUUGGGGUGUUGAUAAAAAUACAGCUGAGAUGAAGGUUGAGUAUUCCAUGUACCUUCACUUUUGUUCUGAAAAAUCUUGGAAGGAAUGGUUUGUCUCUUGCAUGAUAUAAUCCUUUCUGUUAAGUUGUACUUUUGUUCAUAUCCAUUGCUAUUUAGAAUUUCCCAAAUACACAUUACAUUUGAGCCUUGGAAAUUCAAUUUACAUUUUGGUUUACAAAGCUUAGGAAGAAUGCCAUGAUAUGGCACCUCUUGCCCAAAGCACUGCCUUAAUCUACCUGAUUGAGGUAACAGUGAGGGUAAAUGAAAGCAGGAUUAGAAACAUAAGAAUAUGAAUGGCUAGUACAAAUGUAAAGAAAAAAUGAGUCAUUUUAAGACUGUCAAUGAAUCCCAGUUUGCAUACUCAGCAUAUGUAUUAAUACUUUUGCUAUACUGACCACCUACUAUUUGUUAUGAAAACAUUCUAGUAGAGACCCAAGGCUGUCUCACUCUAUGAGCAUUUAGAUUUAUAUGAUCAUCCUUUACAUUUAGUUUUGAAUGAGUAAUUAGAGGAUUUAUAUCAUUGUAUGUUUAUUGUCGAUACCAUUUUGGUUACUUAGGAAUACUGAAAUGACUAAAUUAGUUUUUUUUUUUUUCUUGUUUUUCUUUAGUACUGGGAUUGAACUCUGGGCCUUUGCUAGCAUCUCCAGAUGUUAAAAUUUUUUUUGAAGAUGUUUGAGACAGGGAGAAGAAAAGUGAGACAUUAUUUGCAACCUUGCAUUUCCUAAGCUAUAUGGAUAUAUUUCUAAAGAUUCGAGAUUGUAGAAGGCUACAGAAUGAUACUUGAGAAUCUAUAAGGAUUAAAAAUAGAGAUAAAUAUAUCAAUGCAAUUUGAUUGGGGAAAAAAAGGAUAAUGGAUACUAAAAAUGGAAUUGGGUGAAAUUAAUAGAAAAUUUAGAAUUUAAAAAUAAAAGAAGAUCAAUCAUUGUGUGAAUGUUGAAAUAAUUUCUUGAAUAAACAAUCUUUUUUAAAACAUCUAAUGAUUUUAGCUGAAGAAAACAUUGCACAAUUCUUUAUGGCCUAGUUUUUUUUUGGUAAUAUUUGUAAUAAUGCUAUGGGAUCUUUGACUUAUUUUCUGAACUUAUUUCUAGAUGGUAUGUAUAGAUAAGAAAAUGAAUUGAUAUGUUACAUCAGGGUCUUGUUAUCACUUAUCACAAAAUAAUACACUGUUAAUACACAAAAUAGACAUAAUGAAGUAUUUAUUUGGGAUAUCUGAUUUGUUUAUCUGAUAUGUGAAGCAGUCUAUAUUUGGGAAGCCAGUGAAUAUUAAACUCUUAGAUUAAGAACAAAUUCUUCAGUGUAGAUUGGAAACAAUGCUUACUUUAUAUUCAGGACAAAAUAUGUAAAGGUGACUGAUAUUGAUACUCUAUCCUGUCAGUAUUGUAUUAAAGUGUAAAUUUUGUUAUCGCUUCCUGGUCGUGUGUUUUGUUCAGUAAUCCAAACUUCUCUCUUUAGAAUCACAUUUAUACAAAAAAGGAGUAAGCACAAAGAUAAGAACAGAAACCUAUGUCUACAGGACAUAGUUAAAAAACACAGCAACAGCAACAACAACAAAACUUCUUGACUAUAAUUCAUAGGUUAAAUGGAAUUAAUCUUUUAUCUGUCUUUUCUUUGUAGAUAAGUUUGAGUAAAAAGUUAAGAGCUAUUGUAAUUUGAGGAUGAAAAUCAAUUCUGGAACGUUCCCUUCAGUUAGCUGUUCAGUUAGUGGGACAUAGUCUGUUUGUAAUAAGACAUAAAGGAAGAAUAUCCAAGAGCUGAUACACUAAUCUGAUAUUGAAACGCAGUUUAAUAUGUUUGAAUUUAGUAUCUUUAAAGCUAUACUCUAAUUAAAUGAUCUUAUCCCAAAACAACCAUUUUUUCCCCUGAGAGGGUCACUAAUUUUUUUUUUUUUUGUCAUUGGAAAAUAUCUAUGUUAAGUGAUCUUGUGUAUCAGAUUUUUCAUGUUUUCCAUAAGAUACAAGAGUUAAUAUAGGAAGAAAACACCAGUAUAAAGUUUAAUGCACUAAACAGUGUUUGAAAAAAACAUAAAUGCAACCCUGCAAAAUAAAAGAUCAUGGAAUAUGUUAAUUUCAGUAACAUUUAUAGAAGUUUUGUUGUGAAUUUAAUACAAUGUCAACGUAACCAUUAUUUGUAUUAACUUUUUCUUUUUUUUUAACUUAUUCUUAAAACUAAGAAUUUAUUUGGUCUUUAAAAUUUUACAUUCCAUGUAAUAUUUUCUGUACUUUUGAUGCUAUAUGCUUGUAUUCAUAAGUAAAGGAGAGCUUUAUCCAAAUAUUGACCUAUAUUUUAGAACACACCCUUAUUUGCAUAGCAUCUAAGCUUUUGGUUCUGGCGCAGUCAACUGUAUGUUUACUUUCCUUAAUUGCUCAAUUUCAGCCUUUCUUCCUCUAAGAUUUCCUAUUCUACUACUGUUUUCAUUUGCCCCUUAGCUAUACCUGGCCCAGCACAGCCAACCCUAACCACAUAGUUAUAGCCAGAAGGCAACAGAAGAGAUAUUAGCAUUGAACAGGUGUAUUAGUAGGGUUACACAUCCUUUCAAAUGGCACAAAUGGCUUUGUCUUAUAGCUAAUGCAAAACUUUUCUUAAACAGCAACAAUGUGAAUGUGCUUCUUUUAGUACUUAACAUACUUGUUACUUUAUAAUUUUGAUCAAAUUUUUCUAGAGAAAGUAUUAAAGUUUUAUAAUUCUGUGUUCAGAGUUUGAAUAUUUUAUAUUAUUUCCAACUAAUAUUUGGUAUAUAUGUUAUUGUUGUUUUAGAGACAAUGUAGUAAUAAAAUUUUAAAUUACUUUCCAAAACCAUAAACAGGCUUUUAUACUGAGGGGAAAUGCCAUACUUGCUAUAUUUUUAUUUUUAAUGAAAUAAAAAAUAUUUUUAUCCCUGUAUUACUGGGUGUGACUGAUACAUGUUAUAAUCAGUGUUUCAGUGUACAUAAUUCCGAGGGCUGGCAUAUACAUCUUUCUGUGUGUGUGUGUGUGUGUGUGUGUGUGUGUUAGGAAUUGAACGCUGCACUCUACCACUGAGAUAUGUCCCCAAUCCCCCGUUACUGUUUGUAAAGACUAAUUCUUACAAUUAUGGCAAUUGUAAAAAUUCACUUAUUUUUAAAAAACGGAAGCAUUUGUUCUGUAGAUUACUCUCUGGAGCAAAAAUGAAAUAAUCGCAGCUGAUACAGGUGAUACAAGCUGAGACUUGCCUACUUGGGUUUUGAAGGUGUUGCAGCACUGUUGAGUAUGAAUGCUCCAACAGACUAAAUAUGUGAAUGGACUGUCGUUCAUUCCGUAGCAACUAGGAGCAAUAACAGCAACCAUGCUAUUGUAUGACUUAGUGUUCUUAAUUUGAGUUUUGGGAAAGAUUUAUUUACAGAUUUGUAGUACUAUGAGGCUAUGUGGUUCAAAGAAAUAAUUAUGUAUUAAGAUUUUUGGUGUGUGUGUGUAUGCGCCUGUAGGUGUGUGUUGGAAGUAAAUCAGUGAGUUCCCAUUUAGACUUAAUUCUGGUAUUCUUUCCAUGGUAGGGACGAACUGUUUGAAUGCUAAAACUGUUAAAUUUUUUAAAACAAUUUGUCUGUGAGACACAGAAAUAAUGACAGUUGAAUUUGCCAGCAUAAUGUGAUGCUUUCUUCAGUAUUAUUUGUGGUGCCAAAUCUAAAAAGAUGUAUUUAUAUAAAACAGGAGUAAGUUUCCUUUGGGGGAACCCAUUUGUCAUUUGUCCUUAACAAGGUAAAUCCCCACAGACAAACCUUCUUGUAAGACUGUUCCCAUUGGAUUUAUCCUCACCUUCAAUAAAAAUGGAGAUAUGAUAAACAAUGGUAUGAUGAAAUAUUAGGUAGCUCUUGCACUUUUGCCUACAAGUUAUUUUUAUUUAUUGGCUUGUUCUUUCUCCCUUCCUCUCUUUCUGGCUCUGUUACUCUUGCUCUCUCACGUGUGUAUUGUUGGAGAGACUGAACUCAGGUUUUCACACAUGGUAAACAAGUGAAUUAUCACACAGUUACAUGCCCAGCUCUUUUUAUUUUGAGACAGUGUCUUGUUGAAGUGUCCAGACUGGCCUUGAACUCAGAGACUCAUGGCUCAGCCUUCUGAGUAGUUGGAUUUCUAGGUGUAAACCACUACACCUCAUCAUUUUUCUUUAAAAAAAAAAGUGUUACUGUUUUAUGUGAAUUAGUAAGCUCAGAAUAUAUAAUCUUUUACAUUGCUUUUGCUUUCUAUUAAUCAUAAUGGAUGCGGGAGGCAUCAUGUGAUUUAAAUUUAACUGUAUUUCUGAUGUGCUGAUAUACAUACUAUCCCUUAAAACAGAACAGAAAAUACAAAUGUUGAACUUGUAUUUCAGAUGAACAGAAUGUGCUAACUACUUUCGGUGCCUAAAUUCAGAUUUGGAUAUAGUGAUUCAGUUAUUAGAGUAACAAUUCUAGACUGCUGUACUUACUGGACAUAAUGAGGAAGAAUCUUAAAUGUAGAGUGGAAUGUUAGUAUUUUAAAAUGUUAUAAUCCAUAAUUUUUGUGUAAAUUAUUUUAUUUUGGAGUAACAAUCUAAAAAGAAGGUUUUUAGGUUUUAAAAAUGAACCCUUAAGAGUUUUAUGUUUCUCUAGGUCAGAACUUUCCAGAAUUCUUCAUUUCCUGUUCAGAAUCAUUUAAGAAAUGUUUAGUGUCAUACUAUGUCACAAAACUACUUAGCAUAUACCAUUUGGAAGGCUACUUUCAUGUCCAUUUUAAAAUCUAAACUCUGUCACUUUACUCCAUAACUCUUUAUUUCUGGCCAGCCAGGCUUGUGGUAUUGUGUAUUGGUUAAGAGCAUGAACUUUAAAAUUCAUGAGUUUAGAUUCCAGCUCUGUUACAGCCUGGAAGUUUUACCAGGACAGAAUACUUAAGCUCUGUAAAACAGGACCAGUAAAAUCAGCCUUAAAGAAGAAUGUUUCAAAGAUCACAUUGUAUGACAUAGGCAAAAGCAGUGAUGCACCUCAUGUAACGGCUCAGUAAUUGCUAUUACUAUUUUAUAUAGUUGCCAGAAAUCAUUGUAUCAUUUCUGUAACUCUUGGUUCUCAUUUUUUUUUUUUUCUACUUAGAAUAUGUUUUCCGUCCUAUGUGAAUUUCUGUCUGCCAACAUUAGUUUUCUUGCAGAGGAUGUAACUCAAUGAAAGAGUGCUAGCCUAGCAUGUGUGAAGCCCUGGGAAACUAGCUUAAAGGUAUUAGGAGAAGUUGGAGUGGUUCUCUAACUUGGUUCCUGCACUUCUAAUUAUUUUCUUAAAUUAUCUCUGCUACUGACUGGAAGUUAUUAAGAUUUUUGUUUAUUGUUAAAUGUUUAGUCUCUUCAAAUUGUAAGCUUUGUGAGGGCAGAAGUGUAUGUAAUAGAUUUUUCAACUCAGCAUAAAUCUACUUUCUUAUUAGAAGUAAUUAGUGAAUAAUUCUUCACUAGCCUUAUAAUUUAAUUAAAGAAAACAUUUUUAAGUAUUUUGUAGUUUUGUAAUGACCAUUACAACACCACAGUUUUAUUAUUGGCAUUGGAUUUAUUUUCUUUUAUUUAAAACAUUUAACUCCAAGGAUUAAUGACUUUUAUAUAUUUUGUUUAAUAUAGAGGAGCAUCUAGGUAGUAGUACAUAUGGGUUGACACCAGUAAAAGUUUCCUUUCCUCUUUUCAAGAGACGAUAUAUAACCUGUGUACUAUAUAUGAGUUUCACUUGUCCCUGUUUGUUUAUCUGUGUGAAUUUUGUGAUUUGCAUAGGAUCUUUUUAGCGUUAAGUUAGAGGACUACCUUAUCCAAUCUAGUACGUUCUUUUUUUUUUUUUUAAGAUGCAGUAAGGAUCAGAAUUGCUACUGCUGCUUAUCAUGGAAGACAUUGGGAUGUUAAGAAAACUUCACUUUUUGGGGAUAUUUGAAUAGUCCAGAGCUCUUGUAUUUUUUCUUUUUGCAACCUAACUUCACUAUACUCACUGGGAUGUUAAAAGUCCAGGAUCAGUAUUUCUAGGUUUAUGCCAACAUAACUGGUGAUACAAGAAUGGAAUUUCUACAGUAAUCAGAUCUCUGGCUAUAUUUGUGACAUUUCAGUUAGAGUUACACUAUAAAAAGGUCAUAUUAUCUGGUUUGGCAUCCACUACAGACACUUUAUCCUGGAAAUGUUUUGUUUUCAUAGGGCUCUGUCUUCCAUAAACCCAUGUAACCUUUUUAUAUUUAUUUGUUUAUUAGGAAAUUAGGAUAUUAAAGAUUAACAUUUAUACAAACUAGGGACAGCAUGAUACAAAGAGCAGAAAUUAUAAAGCAAGGAAAUAAUUAAUUUGACUACAUACAAAAUACUGACUUCUUUGAAAGGCCCCAUAAGUGAAGCUAAAAGGUCAACUAAAAAAUACUUUUGUCUGAUGACCAAAGCAAAAAUUUCUUCAUAUAUUACAUGAUGUUAUAGAUAAGAAAAUUCUAAAACUACCUCAGAAAGUAAAAAUGGCAAAGGACAUAAGCAAAUUUUAAAAGAAAUAUAAAUUAAAUAGACAUAGCAUAGUCAUAACAGUGAAAAGCCAGAAAAAUGGAAUAAUCAACAAUAGGCCACCAACUGAAAUAAAUUAUGGUAUAUAUAUAUAUAUCUAUACCUACACAUGACUGUUUUUAGUAAGUGUAUUUUCAUUUUGUACCAUUUCUUAAAGUACUAAGUUUGCUAAAUUUACUAGCAAUUUUGAAGUCACUUUUAACUUUGCAGACUCCGGAGGUGCUCUUCAAUUUCCAUAAUAAGUUUAAGUAUAUGUGAUCAUUUUCACUUUUUAUGUUCAUUCAUUCUUUUGUUGAGCCCAUACAGUAUGUGCCAAGAAGUGAGCUAUGGUAGAAGCCACAACAAUGAACAAAACUGAUUAAGACUCUGCUCAAGGAGCUCGUGUUCAGACAGUUGAGGAAGAAAGAGGGAGAAUAAUUUAGUAUGCAUUAUAAUAUUGUUAUAAAUGCUGUGGAAAAAAAAGAGGGUAGAGAAGCUAGGUGAUGGGAGUAGAUAAAGUUGCAGUUUUAAAUAGGGUGAUUAAAAAGUCUGUAGAGAAGAUAAUAUUUCCGCAAAGACAUGGAGGUGAAUUUUUGUAUAUUUAAAUACAAUACUGAUACUUUUGAUGCUAGCAUUCCUUCUAUAAUAGGAAAUCCUAUCUUUCCCCUCACGGUGGUCCUUACAUAGCAGUUUUCUGCUUUAUUCUUUUCCCCCUUUUGUCAUUUUUGUAUGCCUUUCUCUGAAUAUAUUGCUUGUGUGUGUAUUUGUUUUGUGAGAUGUGUUGAUGAGAUCAAUGAUUUUCUAUAAGGAAACAGGCAGAUUGAGGGACUUUCAAAAUUAUAUCCUUCAAGUCCACACUACCUGCUUUGAAGUUGGAGGUUCUUAUGUAAGUUAUGACUGUUACUAGAACAUAAUCCUAACAAGUGAGCAGAUUUUAUAUUUGAAGUAUUAAGCACAAGGAUAAUAAUUAAUUGACAGGUAAAAAUUAGAAUAAGCCAGACUACAAUUUGAUUGUUUAUACUCUCUGUUUGCUUAUGGCUAAUUUAAAUUGCAGAUGGAAUCUUUGCAUAUAACUUGUAUUAUAAAAUUACUCUUCCGUGUCUCAGAAGAUGCGAAAUUAGAAUCAUUGUUUAUAUAGCAUAAAUAUUAUGUAGUCAACCUUAACUACAGUUUUUGACUUUAACUUACUUAAAAAAUUUUGUAUAUGUAGAAAGACAUAAAGGGUUAUUUAGAUAAAUAAAAGUUGCUAAUGGAGGUAAAUUGUCUUAAAUAGUUAUUUUGACAAAUACAUUGUCUUAGUGAUAUUUUUAGAAUGGAAUAUUCAGUAUACUAAUGUCAAAAUCAUAUUUUCCAUUUUAAUUUGUCUCAAAUAUCCAGUAUUAUUUGCCCAUAAUCUGCUGUGAAAUACAAAGUUUCACAUUUGAGGCUGUUGUACUAUAUUGAAAAAUUUCAAAAGUGGGACAGAUAUAAUUAAUAUAAAAUAUGUAUUUAAGUUAGAGAAGUAAAAAUUUCUGUGGAACCUUAAAAGAAAACACUACCUUUCUCUGUUUUAAGUGUCAUAACCAUAUAUACAGCACUAAUUUUUAAUCUUGAUUUCCACUGUUAAAGGCCUAUUGAAUAUUUUACUUGCAAAUUUGCACAGACAUUUGUAUCUGAAGUGAGUCAGCUGUACACAUAUUUUAGCCACUUGUGGAACAGAGUCUCUGGGAUGUAAAUAGCUUGUUAUUUUAAACAUUAAAUAAAUAAUUAAAGAAGCCAAAUUUAGUACCACUAAUGUAUACCACAAUCAUGUUUGUGAAAAAAAAUUGAGAAGUAUAAGAGACUUUGGAGAGUGUUGAGUUCAUUCUCUUAAUCCCCACCUUUUUUUUUGUCAGGACAGAUUUAAACACACUGCAGCAACAGAGCAGUCUGAUGAAAAAAUGAAUCAAAUUCUCAUCUUUACUCUGCUUUCAUAGUUAACAACUCAUGGUUAAUCUUGUUUCGGACAUAACUUUUUACCCCUCAAUUAUCUGAUUAUUACAGUGCUCCUUUCACUUUUUACUUGUGGGGGAAAAAACUUCAGCACAAGCCGAGAGUUAGAACUCAGAGUGUUAGUAUAUUGCUUUGUGUUGCAUGUUGUGUCAUCUCCCCUAAGGUUGGAGGAUGAGUGAAAAAGAAAAAAUCAUGAAAUACAAAUUUGUUAGUUUCUCCCAUCGAGGGACUAACCAGGCCCGAUCCUGCGUAACUUCUGAGGUCAGAUGAGAGCUGGUGGGUGAGGUCAGAUGAGAACUGGUUCAGGGUGGUAUGACCCUAGACUAAAAAUUUGUUAAUUUAUUAGCCAUAGGGUGUAAGGUGUUGAGUUGUGCAGCUAUCAUACUGCAAGCCUCACAUUUUGAUUUGAAUUAAAUACAGUUUUUUGAGUUUAGUAUAAAAUGGUUAUAUGCUAGUAUUCACUGAGCAGGUCAUGUUUACCUCUUUUUUAUUGGCUUUUGUGUUUUUUAAAGAGUUUUGUAUGUAUUUUAACAUAAAUUGUGAAUAGGUAUUUGAGGUUUGUGGCAUUUAUAAUGCAUUGCAAACUGAAAUUAUUCCUUGGAUUUAUAGGAUUUACUUCAAGGUGGCUUUUUAGUGUCUUCAAUUUUGCGUUUCAAAAAUUAUUGAUCAGUAUCUUUAAACUUUUAAAUGUGUAAAAACGAAUAGUAGUUGUUGAAUAGUGAAAGUGGGUUUUAUUUUAGAAAUUUUAAAAUAACAUUUUAAUUGAGAUUUCAGUUUAUGUCAUUUAUUUUAUAAAUUUUAUUAUUAAGGACUGUUCAUCAGCCUCCUAUUUUGACCUUUGCUAAUAGAGUUAUUAAAACAAUUUGAAGAAACAAAAUAAGGAAAUGUUCUCAAGAGAAAGGUAUUUAUAGCCCUCAUAAUGAUUUUUUUUCCCUUUUUGUGGUAAGAUACUAAAAGAAUUUCUUACAAGUAAUUGGUUAACAACUCUAAAUCAUGUGAUACUAUAUUUCAAAAAUUAUGAAAUUAAAAAAUAAUCAGAACUCAGUUCUAUUUAGUAGCAUUUAUUGAAGACCUUUGAUUUGAAAGCUUUUUUUGUGUUUUGUCUUGAAAGAUGAGUGUUUGGAAAAGAUGUAAAUGCAAAAAAACUGGAAUUUGCAAAGAAUAGGCAUAAUUGUGUUGUUGAAUACGUUAUCCUCUGUAGCUAUAUAGUCUGUAGUUUCUUUUAAGUAAUCCACAUUUUAUGAUUAUAUAGCAACUUGGUAUCUUUGAAGAGUCAAGGACUGAGUGAAUAACAGAUGGCACUUUCCAAUAGUAAUUCCAGUAUGGCAUAUCCACACUCAUUGGUUUAAUUUUUAUACCACUGUCUUUCUGGUUAGCAUUACCUGACAGCAUCCUAAGUAUUAGUAUAACCAGCUUAGAACUUUCUUUCAGAUAAGAUUUUUAUUGAUCAGAUUAAAAUUAUUAAAUGCAUUUUACUAAUAAAUAAACAGAUAUUAAGCAGGUUCUUUAGAAGUGAGUACAUUUACCUAUUACAUGCCCUGGGAAUAAUAUAAGUUGGUUUUUGACUUUAUAACCUUUUUUGACGAUUCUGUGUAUAUGUUUUUAUUCUUUGGUCCAAUGUGAGGAAAAAAAUAAAAUUAUUAAUAAUUAAAAGAUUUUUGUACUUUAGGCUCUUCAACUUAAUUUAAAAUUCUCUCAUAUGAGAAUUGGAAAGUAUUCAGAUUAUAUCUUUGUAAAAUUAAGUGGAUUCUGUAAGUUACUAAUUACUUGAAUUUUACAUUAUAAGUAGAAAACAACAUGGAAUCUUUUAAAACAAUUUUUCCUAAGUUGUUGGACAUUUUACUAAGAAAUAUGGAUGGGGUCAAUGAAUAUAAAAUUAUGUAUAUAGGUUUUCAUGUUUGUGUUUUCCUUCAUCUUUGUAUCUGUAAAAUGAAUCCUAGUGUUUCUUCCUGCAGUUCCUCUUAGUUCUCUAACACAUUGUUAACUUUUAUAAUGUUUCUGCCCCCUUUCUUCUAUUUGAUCUCUUCUGCUCUGCUUGCCUUUACUUAGCUGUUUUUUUUAGCCAACCCAUUCUCUUCUUGCUUUAGCCUACAUUCUUUGGUCAGAUGUUACCUUUGCAUCAUUCAUCCUGCUUUAGUUCUUACAUAUUACUGGACUCUGUUGUUUUCAGUUUUGGAUAGUUGUUCCACAUUCUUUUAUAUGUUGCUUUUGGGUACUUUUAGAGAAAUAAUUUCCUCUGCUUCCUAUGUAUGGUGUGUACUGAGAAGAAAUAAAAACAAUCUUUGGAGGAUAGAUAACUAUGGGUCUUUAAAAAAAAGUAGUACAGUUGGCAGAUUAGUAUUCCUAGCUCAGAGUAAUUUAGAAGAGCUAAAGGUUGCCAUGAUUAUGGAAAACAUGAUAGAUUUUUUUUUUUUUUAAGUUUACUUUUAACUUGCAAACUGCAGGCAAUAUUAAUACAGCCAGGAUAUUUUUGAAAAGUUGAGCAGAUUUUCAUAGUUAGGCUAAUUAUUGUUAAAUCACUUAUUUUUGUUUUCUUGUGUGGUCUUUUGUAUUUUAUGGUACAGUAGCUUUAUCUUUUCCUUUGAACAAUUUAUGAAAAAGGCCUAUCAUUAUAAUCAAAAAGUGAACACAGUUGCUUUUUUAAAAAGAAAUUAGUUGUCCUCCCUUAAUCUCUGCCACUUUUCAAAUUGUUUCACACAAUUUGAUUAAGGUUAUUUUAUUAAUAGACUCCACGCUUCUCUUUUCAUUUACAUUCAACUAAUGCUAAUUGUAGUGAGUGUAUAUGACUUUUUAAUGCUAAUCUUUAAAAUUAUAGAAUAGGCAUUUGAUAGGAUAGAAUAGACUUUAGAAUAAAUAUAAAACCAUUGAACAAAUUGGAUUAACAAAAAAUCAACUUUUAUAAUUUAGAAUUUUUUUGUUCAAUAAUUUAUUUCUUCUAACUUCAUAACAUUUGCAUCCUAAAUUUUGAGUUUAUGUAAAUACAACAUAAUUUAUGUAAAUACAAUAUGGAUUUUUAAAAAUCCAAGUUGAUGGUACUUAGUCCACACUUUUUCUCCCCUGAAACUUGCCCAGUUCAUUUCUGUCGUUAUAACCUUUUAGGACACUGUCUGGAAAAAACAAAACAACCAAAAAACUAGGGAAUGAGAGGUCGUAUAAUUAAAAUGUGCAUCAUAAUCUGUUCUUUGUUUUACCAAAUUAGUUAGGGAUUCUAAGGAUACAUUUUGAAUAUUUGUGUAGGUUUAGCAUUUUGUCCCUUUGUUAGAAAUCUCUCAGUGUGACUUUUUAAUAGGAUGUGUCUUGAAUUGUGGGCCAAUCACUCUUGAGAAGUAUUAAGCCCUUUAAACACACUGGUCAGCCCCACAGAGGGAAACUACAGGUUUAUUAGCACUUCUUAGCUUGAAAGCACAGCAUACCCUUUUAGGUUGCACAGCAACAGACUCCUAGCAACCAUAAUAGAUUGAAUUUCUGAGACUGACCAGGCCGGAUAUAAUAAUAAAGCAAGAGGUACAAACAGUUGUCAUGGUUUUCUUUUCACAGUAAGCUAGUUUGAUUUAGAGAAGCUUAGCUUUUAAGAAAUGGACAACUUUUUGUAAAACUACUACUGUUUAUGCAUAGGUGUUCUAGUAUUUAACAAUAUCAGUACCACAUUUUAAGAGCCAUUGGUUAAUAAUAUGCUGAAAAUAAAAAGUUAAAAGGAGUAUCAUCUAAAUAUGUUUUUAGAGGAGUAUUUUUAAAAUAGUUUAUCAUAAAAUUGGAGUGUAACAAAAUAAUCAAAAGGUACUUAAAAAAAGUCGUGAUGCUUCUCUUGAAGAUCCUCUAUGUUUGUUUUAAAGUAAUUCCUUGUAGUUUUAUGUAUGUGAUUUUGGUAGGUGUUUAUAUAAAGAUAAUUGUAAAAGAAAAAAUUGAUGUAUGAGAGGCUAUUUUAAACUUAUAUGAAUGUUUUUUGAAAUUAUAAACUAAUAAGCAUUGGAACAGAUUUAAUAAAGAAUAAAGAGACAAAAUGUGGAAUGCGGAAGUAAUAGUAAAAAAUCCUGUAAUAUUUCUAAAGGUGUAACCUUGUGCCAUAACUUGGUCAGCCUUUCUCCUGUGUAUCUUGUAGAAUGUGUUUUAUCAUGUAGCUCUGAGAAGGAAAUUAAUUCAGAUAUAUCCACAACCUAAAACAGGAUGCUUGUACCAAAAGAAACAGACGCUCAUACAUUGGAGUUGGAAGGGGAACUAAGCCUUUGACAGGAGUCAGCUGUAAACAUACACACAUGCUAAUACCCUUGGUUUGUUCAUCCUUUGUGUUCACAUUUGGAAAAGAUUGUUAAAGUGGCAGUUGUAGUAAAGGCUGACAAUUAUAGUAAAGAGUAUAAAUUAAGUAUUUGUGACCUAUUAUAUUUCAUUAAAAGACUUCCUUAUUAAAUGGUAUUGCUUACUCUGAUUACUUGACAGCUUCCCUAAACAGAUUAGAAAAUACACGGCUUCAGCUAAAGGUAAAAUCAGCCUCGUAAGCAAGCUCAUGGCAUAGAACAAGAAAAUAUAUAGUAUAAGCUACUUUUUUAAAAACAAAUUUGCUUUUGGUAGAGAUGUUUAUCUGUGACUGAAUGGAAUGCUCCUUCACAUGCAUAUAAUGGCCUACAAAUGGUGGCAUUUUCCUUGUUGAGAUAUUUUGAUACACAACCACCUAAUAUCACACUAUCUUCCUACUAGGGGAUUUAUUAUGAGGCAACAUAGAUCUAGAGAUAUGUGUGAUUUCCCCCAAGAAAUUUCCCCCCUACUUGAUGAAUUUCUGUUCCAAUUCAGUAUAAGUACUAGCAGGUAUUACUCAACUUUUGAAAAUUUUUACAACCAAGUAAUUAAUUUCUGAAAAAUUAUUAAUGGUCUUUAUCCUGUAAUAGUUUAAUAAUAGAGCCACAAUAAUUAUAAUACUUGAAAUUUAGGCAUAAUUUUUAUAACAGUUGCUUGCUUAUCUAGAGAAAAAUCUGUUUUAUGGCUGUAGUUACCUUCAACUGUAAUUCUUUUGCUUUGUUAUAUAGUGACUUAUGUAAUAACUAUGUAGCAUAGUCCUUUAUUGCAGUUGAACAUUAAGUAGUAGUCUGAUUUGAUAUACAUUGUAAUAGUUCAUAACUUUUCCUAUCUUCUGUAUCAUGAGAUAUACUGUAAAUUAGUCUCACUUUUUUAUAUUUGACUUUUAUAGACUUUAUUUUUUUAAAGUGCAGUUACUUUAGGGUACAAUACAAUUGAGUGAAAGGUAUAGAGGUUUUUUAAUAUACCCAUACCCGCACAUAUAUAUUAUGUAUAUAUAAUAUACCCAUAGGUAUAUAUAAUAUACCCAUACCCUUCACUGUCAACAUGUUCCCCAGAUUGGUAAAUUCGUUUAAAAUGGUGAAUUCACUUAACACAUCAUUAUUACUCAGAAUUCAGUUUACAUUUAGAUUUAGUCUUGGUGUUGUACAUUUUGUAUUUAGAGAAAUAAGCAGUGUUAUAUACUUGUCAUUAGAAUAUCAUAUAUAGAAUUCUCUACCCUAAAAAUCGUUUUGGCCUGCUAUUCAUGCCUACCUACUGCCUAGUCACUAUCGAUCAAUAUCCUUUCCCUUGUCUCCAUGGAUUUUCCUUUUGGACUGUAAUAUUGUUGAAAGUAUAUAGUUAUUUUCAGAAUGGCUGCUUUCAGUAAUAUGAAUUCAGUUUUCCUUUCAUGUCUUGAAAUUUUCUUUUAAGUGCUGCAUAGUAUUCCACUGUCUGAAUCACAGUUUAGCAAGUCCUCUACUGAAAGAUGUCUUGGUUACUUUCAAGUCUUAAGAGUUUCUAAUAAAGUUUCUAUAAACACCCACAUUCAGAUUUUUUUCUUAUAUAUUAUUUUUAAAUUUUUUUUGGGUAAAUACCAAGAAACACAGUUGCUAGAUAAUAUGGUAAGAGUAUGUUUAAUUCAAGGAUUCUGGGAAACUGAGACAGGAAGAUCACAAGUUUGAGACCAGCCUGGGCAAAUUAGUGAUCUACCAAGACACAUUCUCAACAAAACAAAACAACUCAAAACAGCAGCAAAACAAUAAAAAACACUUAGUUUUUAAAAAAGAAUGUCUGGAUAUAUAUCCCACUGUGAAGGCCCUAUGUUCAAUCCCUAGUACUACAUUAAAAUUAAAAAAUAUAUAUGAUUAGUUUAGUAAGAAGCUACCAUACAGUCUUCUAAAGUAGCUGUAAUAUUUUCAUUCUGAUGAGUAAAGCAUGAGAGGUUUUGUUGGUCCACAUUGUGGCCAACACUCAUAUUGUUAGUGUUCUGUAUUUUGGCCACUGUAAUAACUGUGCAGUUAUGUCUCAUUGUAUUUUCAUUUUUCUAAUGUCAUAUAAUACACAUAGCACCUUUGGAAUGCAAUUUCUUAUCAUCUCAUUUUUUAAUAUCUGUUAAGGUAUUUGACUCAUUUUUAAAUUGCAUAGUAAUUUUUCAACUGUAAAUUUUAAAACAAGCUCUUUAUAGAUUUUGUAUCUUACUUGUCAGAUGUAUCUUGCAAACAUUUUCUCCUAGUUUGUGUUAGGUCUUAUUCUUUCGAUACUGUAUUUUACAGAGCAGAAGUUUUAGUUUAGUGAGGUCUGGCUUAAUCAGUUUUUCUUUCAUGAAUUAUGUCUUUUGUAUUUGAUCUAAAGAAUCAUCACCCAGUUAGGGUCACCUAAGUUUUCUGCUGUGUUAUCUUCUAGAAGUUUUGUAUUUUUAAACUUUCUAUUUAGGUUUGUCAACUAUUCUGACUUCCUUUUUGUUGAGAGUGUAAAAUACCUGUCCAGAUUCUUUUUUCAGAAUAUGGUUUCCCUAUUGUCCCAAUAUCAUUUGCUAAGGAGACUGUCUUUCCUUACGUUUGUUCUUUGUUAAAAUCUAUUUCAGGAUUUUCUAUUCUGAUUCAUUGAUCUAUGUAUUUACUCUUUUGCUAGUAUUAUUCUGUUUGAUUACCUGAUACUGUUUGAUUUGUCUUGAAGUCAGUGUCAGUUCUUUAUUUUUGUUCUUCUCCUCUAGUAAUUUGAGUUGGUUAUCUUAAAUCUUUUGCUUCCACAUAUAAAGUUCAUAGCUUGUCAAUAGCCAAAAAAUAACUGAAUCGGAUUUUCCUUGAAAAUUCAUUGAAUCUGUUGACUUUUGGCAGAACUGUCAUCAAAUCGCACAUCUUACACAAGAAGCACAUGUUUAAUAUGAAGGUGAUUUAUGGAAGAUUACGUCUCAGAUUUUUGUUAGGAUUAUCACUAUUAAUAAAAAAUUAUCCUAGUAUUCGCAUGGAACUGUAAGAGUUUCACAAAGACCCAAAUUGCUAUGUCACACACAGAUACUCACAAUUUACAUUUUUACUUAAAAAUGAGUCUUAAGUAUAUGAUGCACAUAUAAUAAGUGAGUAAGUAUAAGUAUUUUGGCUUGUAGAACUAUUAGGAGGGAAAAUGAUUCCUAGUCCUUUGAAUAAGAAACCUGAGUUCAAAUCCUAGUUUAGUCAUUUGAGAGCUAAUUAUGCUUAACUAAAUUCCUUAGCUGCUGUGGUUCCAGAUUUCUUUUAUGUAAAAAUAGGGCUAUUAAGUACUCAGUAGAAUUAUAAAAUGAAAAAUGAAGAUGAAAUGAGGUGAGUGCAUUUAAAAAGUUUAGCAUGACAUUCUAGAAUUAACCACUUGUAACUCUCAGCUGUCACUGCCAUUUUCCUUUUUCUGGCUUAAUUGUUGUGUAGGACAUGAAGAGAAUUUCACAGGAAAGGGUAGCAACUAAAAACAGUAACAUGGAACUGGACUUAAUAAAAAAUAAGAAUAGUUUUUAAAGAGAUGCUAUGUAUUAUAAAGUUAUGUUUAGUGUUGAUCAGUAAUUAGGAAUUCUUUUUUUUUUUUAUUUAAGAGGAAAAAGAGAAAAACACAAAACAAAACAAAGCAGUGUAAGGGUACACGUAAUACAGAACUACAAAAAAAAAAAAAAAAACAUAACAGUAAGAAAUCACCUGUUAGUAGAUUACAUAUUAUCAUCUUGAAAAUAGUUGCUCAAAUCACAGUAUCAAAGAAUACAAGGUGGACAUUCAAACAGGGAGACUGCAAACAGCUGUGUUCAAUGAUCCAAAAACAUUGAUAUAGUCAGCUAUUCAACACCCCUAAACACACUUGCUGUUAUAUCCGUUAGAGCUCUUUUUCUUUUUUUUUUUUUCUUUUUUUUUCCCCUCUCUUUUUUACAACAAAAUUUACACAUUUUGGAUUUUAUUACUCCUUAGUGCUUAUUACUUUUUUUGGGGGGGAGAGAAUACAGUCAAAUAUGGCAAAACAAAGCUGUCAGUCAAAACCAAGGAUAGACAUAGCACAUGGUGUAGAACAGAGUACAAGGUUAUCAACAAUGGUUAUCAAUGUUGUCUCUUGUUUCCUUAAAAAGAAUUGUCUAUCUCAUUAGAUAUUAUAAAGUUGGACAAAACAGUAGAGAACAAGACCAAUAAAACUUAGGCAUUGUAAACAUUACAGGACUUCCAAAGAAGACAAUAGUCAAACCAGAAUGGGUAUCUUAGUGAAUCUUAUUGCCUUCAAAGUAGUUGAGCAAACUUGUAUAAAGUGACCCUUCCAUUCACAGAGUAAAGUCUUGGGACAGAAUUUUUAAGAGAUUUUUAGAGCAAUAAAGUAUUCAUAAACAUGUAUAAUACUACCCUACACAAAGGGCAGUAUUUAAAGGAGAGCGCAAAUUUAGUUCUUUAGUAAAUGUGUACAAUGAAGCUUAGCCUCUUGUCUGAUUUUUUUCCCAUGGAAAAAUCUGUAAGUGCAGAAGUGACUUAAUUGCCCAGGUUUGUCUUAGUACCUGUCAUUGUUAACAUAGAAGAACAAAAAAUGAUAGUAGCUUCUGUCGAGAAAAAGGAAGGCAGGAAUAGAGUCACGUGAAACUCUGAUUACCUUUGGUGCUUUUUUGGUUUACCUCUUUAAAAAUGUUUAACAUGCUUAUUGAUCUUUUUAAAAUGGUGUUUAAAUUUUAGUACAUUUUGCGUUGCUUACAUGAACAUAAAUUUAAUGAGAAGAGAACAAUUUUUAAAAGAAUAGAAGUGAUUUGAAGUACGAUAAUAGUUUAAAAUAGCCAAUGGGAUAGGUUAGGCCUUGGGUAUCUCUUUCAUUUCUUUGUGAAAAGUAAUUUCAGUCCAGUCUUAAGGAAAAGAAAAGAAAUAUACAGAAUCCAUGUAAUGCCUUGAUACGUUAAGUAAGAAGAGUGCCAGGCUAGAGUGAUACUUUCAGAGCCAGAAGAAAAAGCACUUAAUAUUAUACAGAUACUGUCUCAAGUAGAACCACCAGCUACUGCCCAUUGUACACAUUUCAAACUAAGGAUUUUUUCUGAGUAAAGAUUAUGUACUUAAAACUGUUAAAAUAUUUAAUGACAUUUUAAAGAAUCAAAUAUUGCCAAAAUAGUUAAUUCAGGAAGUUUGAAUUUCAGAAUUAAAAUGUAAUUGCUUUCUGAUAGCAGCCACUUUGGAUGUCAGUGAAUAUGUGACUGACUUGUAUGAUGUCUGCUUGUAAAAAUGUAGAACGUAAUUAUAGCCUUUAUGCUUGGUUCAGUGGAGAUUUAGAUAUUAGCAAUAUAAACUUUUAUCACUACAGUAAAUUGUUUUCUGCAAAAUAUGGAAGUGUUCUUUACUUUGGAGUUAGCUUUCUUUCCUUGAUAUUCUUAGCACUUUGAGUGGUUGGGGUAAAAUAUAUGUAUGCAUACACAUUUAUAUACAUAUGUAAGUCUACAAACCCACACACAUAUGAACUUCUAAGACUUUAGUGUGAAGUUAGAAUUUUUCAUUUUGAAAUCAUUGGUAGGUAAUAAGAACUAAUUGAACUACUGAGCUAUUCCAAACCCUCUCAAUUGUUAAGGUCUUUUUACAACAAGAUUUGUAUUACUGUUAUGUAUUUUAAAAUCUUGAUGAAUAGCUACUAUGUUUCUCCACUUUUCUAAUACAAUGCAUAUGGAUUGGUAUAACUAGUGAUGUUCUGAAACUUGUGCUUACCAGUUUGAGAGAGCCAAAGUUAGUCAUGUCUUUUAACUGGGGAUUUAAGAUGUCACAUUGAUAGCUUGCAAAUCACCAUGCUGGGGAUAUUUAGGCCAUGGAAAUAAGCAGAAGCUAGAAAUCCUGCUUUUUGAGGGAGUAGGGGAGAGGGAUAAAGGUUGCUUGUUUUGCUUGUUAAGUAUUUACUAGUAUACAGGUGGCUAUAACACAGAAGGUUCUUUGAGAUUCUUAAUAAAUUUAAAAUAUGUAGUUUCCAGGAUCAAAACUCUGUUCUAAAACGACAAAGACACACCUAUUUAUUACUAUACUAUGUAAACAAUAUCAAAAUCUAUCAAAGUACAUAAUAAAGACAGAAUUUUGAGCCAGGUAUUUUAUUUGUAGAGAUACUUAACCUGUCUUUGUGAUAUUACCAUCGAACAAGAUUAACUCCAUAAAAUCACUUGAACUUAUGAGGUAUGUGAUAUGUUUUGUGGUUCUCAUUCUGCUAAGCAUGUGGCUGAAUAAUGUGUUGAUUGGUCAGUAUCAAUAGGAUACUGAAAAAUGUAAAACUUUUGUACUUCAAUAGUUAGGGACAUCUUAUGGAGAAGAUAUACUAUAAUUUUGAAUGUUGUGGUGUUAUACUGGCUGUGAGGAGGUAUGCACAUGACUGAGGGUAGAAGAAAGCAUGAUUUUGGUAUAGAGUUUGGAUUUUUUUUGGAAAUAGUAAAGGAGGAAUGGAAAAGAAAAGCUUUAGGAUAUGGAAAUUAACUGAAGAACAUAACCAUCUACUAAAUUUUUAAAAACAGCAUCCAGUGUGAAAGUGGCACAUUAGGAUUACUAAUCUGGCAAAUGUGUGUAGUACAAACAGAUGACUGCAGUCAGGUGAACCUUUUAGUUGUAUGAAAGGAUGUAUAAAGUUAAGAAUUUACCCGUUUAAUUGAGAAAAACCUACGUUGCAAUUCAGCCAUUGUGUUGGAUUCAAUUUUAUGGAAAAAUGUAGGUAACAACUAGGAGGGUGGUACUGCAAAGGAGUGUAAAGGAGCCCAGGCUAGGCUAGGUCAGUGUUGGCAAACCAGUGGCACACUUACUGCAGCAGGCUGUUUCUGUCAUCAUAAGUUCUAAGAGACUUGCUGUCACUGGGAUGGAUGCAUGUUACUAUACUAAGACUUACAGUGAGUGGUAUUAAAAAUGUAAAAUUUGCUACCACUACCGAUGCAGUUAUUGUAAUCAGUAUUUAAGUGGGUGGAAAUAGGAUUUGGAAAUCAAGCCCAUCCCUAACAUCAAUAGGAAUAAGUAGAUGAAUAGAAGUAUACCUAAUUAUAUUUGUACAUACUGGAGUGUUGCAAAUCAGCUGAAAAACUUAAAAAUGCAUUUUCCUCUUAACUUGACCAAUACAGCUUUAUGAGGUGGAUGUCAUUUAGAAUUCUCAGAUUUUUCAGUUCUGUUCUAGAAUAUAGUGGCAAUAUAUCCAAGGAUCUUUGAUAUAGCAUGUCCAUAUGCCCAAUCACCAAACAACCCUGUCCACCUCUUGUAAGCCAUCCCUGGACAACAACCUUCUGGACCUACAGAGACCAUCAUGCAGACAUCAGAGACUGGGUCGGACACAGGUUCGACAGUGACUUUGCAAACAUCUGUGGCUAGUCAAGCAGCAGUGCCUACACAGGUGGUACAGCAAGUACCAGUCCAGCAACAGGUACAGCAGGUACAGACUGUGCAGCAGGUACAACAUGUCUAUCCCGCUCAGGUGCAGUAUGUGGAAGGAAGUGACACUGUCUAUACCAAUGGAGCAAUCCGAACAACAACUUAUCCUUACACAGAAACACAGAUGUACAGCCAAAACACUGGAGGGAAUUAUUUUGAUACUCAAGGGAGUUCUGCACAGGUGACUACCGUGGUCUCCUCCCACAGUAUGGUGGGCACUGGUGGGAUUCAAAUGGGCGUCACUGGAGGACAACUUAUCAGCAGCUCUGGAGGAACCUAUCUGAUUGGCAAUUCAAUGGAGAAUUCUGGUCACUCAGUGACACACACAACUCGAGCCUCCCCAGCAACAAUUGAAAUGGCGAUUGAGACGCUGCAAAAGUCUGACGGUCUGUCCACUCACAGAAGUUCUCUUCUCAACAGCCAUCUUCAGUGGCUUUUGGACAAUUAUGAGACAGCAGAAGGAGUGAGCCUUCCCAGAAGCACUCUGUACAACCACUACCUUCGACACUGUCAGGAACACAAACUGGACCCAGUCAAUGCUGCCUCUUUUGGAAAAUUAAUAAGGUCAAUUUUUAUGGGACUACGAACCAGGAGAUUGGGCACUAGAGGAAACUCCAAGUAUCAUUACUAUGGGAUUCGUGUCAAGCCAGAUUCCCCUCUUAAUCGUCUGCAGGAAGACAUGCAGUAUAUGGCUAUGAGACAACAACCCAUGCAACAGAAGCAAAGGUACAAGCCUAUGCAGAAAGUGGAUGGGGUUGCAGAUGGUUUUACAGGAAGUGGUCAACAGACAGGGACAUCUGUUGAGCAAACUGUAAUCGCCCAAAGUCAACAUCAUCAACAGUUUUUAGAUGCAUCACGAGCACUUCCAGAGUUUGGAGAAGUUGAAAUCUCUUCUCUGCCAGAUGGUACUACCUUUGAGGAUAUCAAGUCACUUCAGAGUCUUUAUCGAGAGCACUGUGAGGCAAUAUUGGAUGUUGUUGUGAACCUUCAGUUUAGCCUGAUAGAAAAAUUGUGGCAAACAUUCUGGCGUUAUUCUCCCUCUACUCCAACUGAUGGCACUACCAUUACUGAAUCAAGCAAUCUGAGUGAAAUAGAAAGUCGACUUCCGAAAGCAAAGCUGAUAACUCUGUGCAAACAUGAGUCAAUCCUGAAAUGGAUGUGUAACUGUGACCAUGGGAUGUACCAGGCUUUGGUGGAGAUUCUCAUCCCCGACGUCCUUAGACCUAUUCCUAGUGCCUUGACCCAAGCCAUUCGAAAUUUUGCAAAAAGCCUUGAAGGUUGGCUUUCCAAUGCCAUGAACAAUAUUCCACAGAGAAUGAUACAAACCAAGGUUGCUGCUGUAAGUGCCUUUGCCCAGACUCUGCGAAGAUACACAUCGCUCAAUCACCUGGCCCAGGCAGCUCGCGCAGUGCUUCAGAACACUUCCCAAAUCAACCAGAUGCUCAAUGACCUCAACCGGGUCGACUUUGCCAAUGUCCAGGAGCAGGCUUCCUGGGUGUGCCAGUGUGACGACAGCAUGGUUCAGAGGUUGGAAACAGACUUCAAGAUGACUCUUCAGCAGCAGAGCACCCUGGAGCAGUGGGCUGCGUGGCUGGACAAUGUGAUGAUGCAAGCACUGAAACCCUAUGAAGGAAGACCCAGUUUCCCAAAAGCUGCUAGGCAAUUCCUGCUGAAAUGGUCUUUCUACAGCUCAAUGGUUAUUCGGGACUUAACCUUACGCAGUGCUGCUAGCUUUGGCUCCUUCCACCUGAUCCGUCUACUCUACGAUGAGUACAUGUUCUACUUAGUAGAACAUCGUGUUGCUCAGGCAACAGGAGAAACACCCAUAGCAGUCAUGGGCGAGACAUACCUUGUAGAUGAAAAAAAUACUCCUAUCAUGGAACUCUUUAUAAGCAAACUUCUGAAUUUUGGUGAUUUAAAUGCUGUGUCUCCUGGAAAUCUGGAUAAAGAUUGUGCAUGCUUUAAUUUCCAUGUUAAUAAGAUGCCUAAGAGCAGAGCAGAUGAAGGCAGCGAAGUGGAAAGUGAAAUGGAUGAAGAAUUGGAUGAUUCUUCAGAGCCUCAAGCCAAAAGAGAGAAAACAGAGCUGAGCCAGGCAUUCCCGGUGGGCUGUAUGCAGCCUGUUCUCGAGACUGGCGUGCAACCAAGCCUCCUGAAUCCAAUCCACAGUGAGCACAUUGUCUCAAGUACGCAGACUAUCAGACAGUGCAGCGCUACAGGAAACACCUACACUGCAGUCUAACAAAUAUUAAAGCAUAUUUUCCAGCUUACAUUAAACCUGUUGAUAUUGGGCUUAAGCUGAAAAUUUAAUAAGCCUGAAGGUCGACUGUUGUCAAAUUUUAUAUGUGCUGAACAUUACCUUUUUGGAGUUGUGAAAUGGAAUGGGUGUAUGUAUUUUUCCAGGUCCUGUUUUUUCUCCUUAACAUAAACAAAUUAUUUGCCUCUGAAUAAUGAGUUUUUCCCCCUUAGUUUCAGGUGUCAAGAAAGAUUUUUACAACACCUAAUGUCAAUGUUUUUGUUUUCUUAUAAUCAAAAAGUAAUUUACAUUUUGUAGCUUAAAAUAUUUUAUUGUUGAUUGUUAGUCUUGGUGUAUGAUUUCAUGUGUAAUUUUUUUUAAUUAGAUGCACUUCUGUGAAAUCUCAAAAGAAAUUAAUUUCUUUGAUUUACACUGGAGGCAUGCCCAUUUGGCAGCAGAUGCAUCAAAUUUGCUUUUGAAAGGUGCUUUUCAUUGGACAGAACCAUAAGACACUAUUUUGAUAACAUUUUGGAGUAUGGAGAGAAUACAGAGCGUUUUUAUUACAGUGUGAGAGGGUUGGGAAGGUCAUCUAUUUUUCUCUGACAAAAAUUGAGCUGUGCAUUUAUCAGUUCAGAGUAAAUGACAGAAUUGCAAGAGAUUAUGCUAAUAUGUACAUAAUUUGUGUACAUCAUUAUUAAGUCCUGUUAACAAUACAAGCUUUCCGUUAGGCAUUGAAUUUUAACAACUAUUUGCAUCCCAACUCCUCUGUUUAAAGACUACUGAUUCUGUAUUUGGGACCACACAGCUCAGAUGCAUUCUGCUGUUGAGUGGGGUGAUUAUAGUUAGAUACUAACCUGAAAACAUGACUUGACUUUUUUUUUUUUUUUAAGUGUACAUGCUACUUAUGCUGAGCUGGACAUACAGGAAACCAUUCCAUUCGGAUGACUUUCUUUUAUUCCAGGUCUUUUUUUCUAAUAGUAGUUCAAUAUGCUGCUAUUAUAAAAGAAAAUUUAUAGAAUGCAAGGAAUGUAGCAACCUGCAUAUCGUUAUUUCCUUCAAAAAUAUUUCCUGGUUUCUAAUACGUGGAUUUAAAUUUUAAGCAGAACCUGAAGGCAGUGUAACUGGCACACCUUACUGUUACUUAUCCCCAGUUUGGUAGGAUUUGGAGAGGUGGCUGGACGAACCAUUGCCAUUGAAGAAUGUACAUCAGGGAUCAUCGUACCUCGGCUAUUACAUGGUGCCUUAAAACAGAACUGAAGCUAAGGUUUAGUAAGGUUUAUUUUGUUCAUGUGAAUAACUCCUCAACCCAUUUGAUAAAAUGUGCCUGUCAUUUUCAGAUUCCUGAGGUAAGGACAGGUUACAUGUUCUUCAAAGGAAGUUUAGGGAAAAUGAAGUAAAAUAGACAAAACUCAUAUUCCCUCUUCGAGUGACCAUGAAACUAUUUUUUAUUCUUAGAGCUAAAUAUUACUUGAUUAUAAAUCUGAUUGCUUAAGGGUGUGGAAAGCAGGCUAGUUUUAAUACUGAUUGGUAACAUAAAAUCAUAUAUUUUAGACCAUUGUUAUCUACUUAACAAUCUAGAAAGUUAACAAUAAGCAGGUACUUAUCGAAGUGCAUCUUUUCAGUCUAAGUGUUUGUCCGUGUGUCUGGGUGUCUGUGUCCACAUGCACACAUGAGUUCCUGUGGGGCAGGAGUCUGCUACAAAGUCAGAAGGUGAGACCCUAGAGUAUAUACCCAUGCUCGUUUUAAUUUGCAUGAAAAGCCAAGGUUCAUUGGAGCACUCAAAUUAUUGACAAGGAAAAGGUACAUCCUUUUAUUUAAAUAGUUGUCAAAACGAAUCAGCCAAAAUCAAAAACAAAGCCCAAAGAGAGGAAAGCACAAAAUGAUUUACAGUUUACUAAUGAGGCCUAUAUUGAACUCAAAAUAUUUAUCUUUCCAGGUAUUUUGAGGUGAGGGAAUGGGGGUUGAAAGAGUUAAAAAUACCAUUUAUAGAGUUAAAAAUACCAAAUGGCUUAUCAGUUACAUGCAGUGUAUUUUUUUUAAUUUUUGAGACAAGGUCUCACUAUGCAGUUCAGGCUGGCCUUGAGCUCACUAUGCAGCCCAAGCUGCCCUCGAACUCAUGGCGAUCCUCCUGCCUCAGCCUCCCAAGUGCUAGGAUUACAGGUGUGCACCACUAUGCCCAGCUCAUACAGUGUAUUAAACUGUUGUUACUUGGUUGCCUAAGAAUGCUCAAGAUCAACAGUAUUUCUUCAGUAAAAUUUAAAUGUUUUAAAUAUAAUUUUUUAAUUGAUUCAAAUUUUGUACUGUAUAACUUCUUAAUAUAUUUGAAAAUCUUUACUAGUGUCCCAUCACCACCUUCAUCUAAAUGUAAUGUAAAUCAUCAUCUCCUUAUGUCCUUCUCAAAAGGUAGUGAAUUUUCAACCCUCACACACACACAUACACACACAAAAAAAUGAAAAUCAUCAACUGUAAGGGCCAUGUAUAUUAUUUCAUUGUGCAUGGGAAAAUGUUUACACAUAAAAUUAAAAUCAAAAAACAAAACCACUCCUCAUUUUGGCUCUCCUUUCUGAGUUUUCAGUUUCCUGUCUCUACCUGCUAUCCCCAGAACUGUAUUGAACCAAAUGUAUUUAGUGUUUUCAUCUUGUUUGAUGGAUGACUUUAAAUAUAUUUAUUAGCCUGUUUAGUUUAAUGUUGGAUAUAUUUGUUUCAUUCGAGGAAUCUGAUAUUGGACAAGUUUAAAUCCAUGAAAGUUCAGCAUUGGGGUCCCUCCAGGGUUCAACAUUUCUUCCAAUUGUUCAUGGUUUGUUCUAAGUGAGGACAUAUUAGAUAAUAUUCAAUGUUAUGUUUGAAAUUGUCUCAAUACAACAUUGUUAUCACUUUUAGGAACACUUAGGAAUAUUGAUUCUUGUGGUGAGUGUAAUUAUGACCAAUACACAAAACAAUAGUUAUGGUUGAUGCUACUUCCAGUUAUUUGUAGUUCACAACAAGACACAUAUAUUUUCAGUACUUUUUAAUUUGAAUUGUGAGAUACAUAUAAAAAUAUGAACAGUAAUUUAUAUAUUGGUGCAAACUAGAACAAUCACAUUUGUUGUAGUUGCUGCAAAAAAAAAAUUCUUUUGUUACUGAAGAUCGAACUUUUUCACCAAGCUGCAUCCCCAGCCCUUUUCAGUUUUUAAGAUAAGGUCUUACUAAGAUGUUAGGUUGCUCAGGCUGGAGUAGAACUUAUGAUCCUCCUGCCUUAGCCUCCUAGAGUGCUGGAGUUACAGGCAUAUGCCAUCAUGUCCAACUAAUUAUUGAACAUUUUAAUUUUUUCCAUUUAUUAAAACUAUGACUUUUCUAAGUGAUACUACCAUUAAUACCCUCAUAGUAGAUUUAUUGACAAGUGACAAAAAUACACAUUUUAAGGACCUACUGGCAUUUCUUAACACUGUAAUUUAGCACUAGACGUGAAAUACAUCUGCAUAAACCAAGUGCUACCGUUUCAGUGAGGAAGAACAUAAGAAAGGUAUGUCGACCAUUUUUGAGUUUCAGAAGAAAUGUUCCAUAUGCUAAGGCUGAGUUUUAACAUAGUUUGAUCUUGACGUAUACCUUGAGAAUGAUACCUAAAAGACUGGCAUUUACAAAACCAGUGAACAAUGGAGUGGAAUGGAUGAGCCGUCUCCCGGGAACACAGGGCCCAACUUUCUAUUUUUUCUUUGGAUAUCACGUUGCUGGUCAUUUUUCAGGAUUUUCACCCAAAUUCUGUUUGGACUGAUUGUGUAAGUCUUACUGCCUUUUCAGAAAUCUGCUUUCCUUUUUGUGCUUUUUCAUGUACUGUACAGCACGGUUCGUGCACCUCACUCUAGAUGGUGUACUUUAAAAGCAAAAGUAAAAUUUCAGAAAUGGUUUUAUCACUGCAUAUCUAAAAUUACUAGUGUUCAACAUGGACUUCCUGUGAGUUGUAGUAGACAAGUAAAAGUGAACACAUACUUGUAGAAUGCUGUAAAAGUCAUUCAGGAAUGAAUGCAUUAUCAAUACCAUAAUCAUGAAACUUUUUUGUUACAGGAAUGCACUAUCUAGAAAUGCUAAAUGCAUUUUCAGAUUUUUAAAAAUUGCUCAGAUGAUAUAUUUGAAAUGUCUAAAAUAAUGCUGUGCUUGAAACAUUAAUGUAAAAGAGAAAAAUGUGUGUCACUGUGAUGUCAGUCCCCCUGUGUGGACACAGGAGAAAGUUAAAGACCUUGGCAAGUCACCUGUGUAUGCAAUGUGAGGCAGUGGUCGUAAACAAUAAACUGACUUUGUUAUAACUUCUCCCCCCCACACAUUUUUUGAGAAGAUAACAUCCACCUAAAAAUUGAGAUCAUGGCUUUUGUAAUUUGUAUGAGUCACACCAGAACCUGGGAGAGGAGGGCUGGCAUGCAGUGCUAUUGAAAAUUGGGCUUGUCUCUAAAUCAGAACAACCUCCACGUAUGUGGUUAGAACAAAUCAGUUAAUGGAAUCCUAGUAUUUCUGCAAGUUUGGUGAUUUUAAAAACUGGAAUAGAAGCAUUAAUUCAGUGCUUAGUUCUAGUGUUAGAAAAUCCCUUCGAUGUAAUGCCUUGUAUUAACCCUUUGAGCAUUGUAAGAUACACAACUGGGGGAGGGGCAAAGCCUUUCAGAUCAUUUAUUUAGACUUAGAUUGGUAAAAUAUACUCUAUAUCCAAAUGUCUAAUUAUGCUGUUUUUUUUUAAAGGGGGGGUAGGAAGAAAGUGUUCCCAUGUGGAACCCUUGCAUUUUAUAUACGACUCUUAAUUUUCCUUCAAGAGGGCUUGAUAUAUAUAUAUAUAUAUAUAUAUUCCCAAAUAUUCACUGCCAUCUAAGUAAGUGUACUGUUUACAGAUUUUAAAAAAUCAACUUUUCUAGCAUCACAUCAUGACUCUGUAGAAAAGGAAAACAAGUACAUGGGCUUUGUGAACCUAUGUCAUAACUGAUUUCUGCACAUUGAAGGUAUCUAGAAAUUGCCUUUAAAAGGUAUGAUUUUAAAAGAAAAGGGGGGUGGGUAGUUAGGUUUCUUCUUUUUUUUCCCCCCCAAAACAAAUGAUCUCAUUUAUUUAGCUUUAGAAAUUUCAAUGUAAGUGAAGCCUUAGGAAGAAACAAGUUCAAGUUCAAGUGAACGUAGAGACUCUGAACUCUCUGGGGCCAGUUAGGCCAUUUGGAGUUAUAUCACUCAUAAGAUAUUGUUUGGGAAUCCAUACAGGGCAUAAUUUUAUCUAUGCUCCAAUACUUUAAUACUUUGUCAGAAAAAAAAUAUAUAGAGAGAGAUAGAAUGGAGAGCAAAGCACUUGAUUUUAAGCUCAUCUGUCACGAGAUGCUGUGACUGCUGCUUCAGAUAUCUCUGAAUGACAGUCUGCUUCCACCAUCGCUGGUUUUGUCCAAGGGAAUCUCUGUGCACUUGAUUCCCUCUGUACCCUGCAUUACACAUGAAAGCAGUGUUGUUUGCAGAUGUGCUUGCGCUUCCCUAGCUGGGCGCAAAUGAGAGUGUAACCUAUUCUUAUGUCUGGUAAAAGGACACUCAUAGCAUAGUACAAGUAUGCCGUAAACAUUGCUUUUCAAGGCAGUUUAGGAAGUCAGACAUGCAAAUUACUCAUGUGUUAACAUGCAAUACUCAAAGGGUUUUAAUUUAACUCUCUUCUUUUGAAUUCUUCAUGAUGAUUUACUGUAAAUGCUUCUCAGUUUGCAUGCCUUGAUCAUUGCUGCUAGUGAUUUUAUGUGCCAGUAGACCUAAGUUUAGUUUACCAAUUUUACUUAAAUAGUAAAAGCCACUUACAAAGUGACUGCCUAGGAUUAUUUUUUCCCUUUUGUUUAAAGUAAUUAGUAAUACGUCUUUUAAAAAAGAUAACUGUAUUUGUCUUUUAUUUGGUUCUGGUAUUUGAUCAUUUUUUCCUUCUUUCCUUUGUUUUCUAAAUAAAUUAUGAUGUUGGGAUUGGAAGCCCUGAGUAAUGAAAUAUUUGGUAAGAAUUGUUUAUGUAACCAAAUCUUUGUUAGAAGACUUUUGAAUCAGGGGAGGAAAGAGAAACCCAUUGAUUGUUGAUAACCUAGCAAAUUUUUCCCUCAAUAAAUUAGCCUUGUUUUAACCUGCUAAACACAAUUUUAAAUGACCCAAUUAAGAAGGUAUUGAAUUUUAUUCAUUUAAAAGCAUCUUUUGUACCAAAGCAAAUUUUUUUCUCUACUCAUCUCUAUCAUCAAUUUGGACCUAUGGGGGUGACCAAUGUUGGUUACAGAAACUUUAAGUGAGUGCCUUGAGAAAACUUGGAAAUUUGUGCCUGAGGUGGUAAACUUUUAAUUAGGUUAAUUGUAGUGCUUACCAAUCAGUAAUUCUACUAUCACUCAGGGCUUUCGUACCUUCUAGGUAAAACUUCUUUCAUUGUGUUUUUUUAAGAUAUUGUAUUUUUUUUAAGUGCCAUCAUUUAAAUUUCACUUAGUAAGUGGCAGAUUACAUUAUUCAGUCCCACAAGCACAGAAACAUAGUAACACUAGGAGAUAUUUGAACAUUUAUUUUACAAUCGACUGAAUAUAUUAUGUAAAUGAGGUAAGCAACUUUUGUAGAGAUUGUAUGUGUGAGAUAAUGUAAUGUUCUUUUCCAGUUUUGGGACUACAGUUGAAUAAACUUUUUAAUUAUUUAAAAACACCUUUACCGAAUAACAUGUGAUGGUUUUUUUGUAUAAUGUAUUUGAUUUUGUAAAUACGUAUUUCCUGAUGUGAUUUUUGUGAGAAAUGCUAAAUCUUUUAGUAUAUCAUGUCCUCUCAAAAUUGGCAGGAGCUAAAUAAUAGUUUGUGGGCAAUUUGUAUUGUGUACUGUACAAUAACUGGGGAACUUUUAUAAUUAUAAAAAUAUAUAUUAACUUUUAGUGUGUUGUUUAAACAAAUGACUGGAACAUACUAAAGAUAUUAGUAGGAUUUUUCUGAAUAUUUCAGACUUGAACUCAGGCUAGCUUUCUUGUGUUUUUCAAAACAAAAUGGUGUCUUGUCUUUUAAAAUCAAUAAAUUUGUUUCCUUGUUACAAA